GGCAUCAACAAUACAAUACUCAUAAACGAGCUGGAAGUCAUUAGUUACUGAGUAAAAGCUCUCUGGCAGAACAAAUACAGAUUACCCUUUUAAAAUCCAGAGUUCUUUCAUUUAAGUAUGACUGGAACAGCAGUGGUUCUGAUGAACCUGCUCCUCAUACUCUCUGUGGGUGGAGAGGAUAAAUCAAGACUCCACCGCAGGCCUGCGUGUGGGGGUUUGAGUGUCAAUCAAGCAUGCCCCCUCAACUAUUCUCCCGUAUGUGGUAAUGAUGGCAUCACAUACGUCAAUGAAUGCACCCUGUGUGUGCAGAGAAUGCACACUAAUGCAGACAUUUUGAUUGUGAAAGACGAACAAUGCUGAGGUGGAGGACCUUAUGAAAUCAACGCUUUGCUUUUCAUAUCUAUGUUUGUUUAAGAGUGUUGUUUGCUAUGGUCAUCUAGGGGAUGUGAUCAGUAUACCUAUAAACAGUGGAUGUGUGAACACCUAGCAAAUGUUAAAAUUAAAAAUAUUAGUACUAAAAGUGUCAGUUUUAUCACAUCUCAGUGACUUUGAGUGAAUAGGGUUUCAUUUUCUAAGUCUUUUUAAGUCUUUAAGAUUUCAUGAUACUGUCUUUCUUUAAAAUAUGUAUUUCUAUAAUAUAAAUGUAUUCCUUUAUUUCUGAAGGAGCUUGCUUUGAGUGCAAUGUUUUAGGAGUGAAGAUUUGGAGUUACCGCUUAUUUUUCCAAAUAUAACAAAAUAUAACAAAAAUGGAAAUGUGACAUGAUAACAGAUGACAAACAGUGGGAAGACAAGCAUUUAUACAUUUACCCUUUUUUGCUAAUAAAAUAAACAUACUUGGCCAAACAAAUGUA